AAAUGGACCUAUAUAAAAUAACCCCCCACCAUAAUUAGGGCUCCAAGCCUCCAACACAUCCUCUCUUGAUCAGAAAACCGACUCCACCACCACAAAAUACACAAAAGAGAGAUCCCUCAAUCACUCCAAGAAAACACAAACAAAAAAACAUGUCGGCGAGGUUGAGUUUGAAGCCAUCAAAAGGGAAAUCAACGAAAGGGUCAUCAAAGCCACCAUCAGACGAAAACACCACGUCAGCAGCAGCACAAAAGUUCUUGAAGGAAUGGAGCACAUGGGGCAUGAAGAAAGCUAAAGUCAUCACCCACUAUGGAUUCAUUCCUUUGAUUAUUGUCAUUGGCAUGAAUUCUGAGCCAAAACCUACCCUUUUUCAGCUUCUUACUCCUUUUUGAUUUCUGGGUGUUUUUAUUUUAUAUAUGUAUUUGUCGACUUUCUUUGAUAAAGAUUGUUUAAUGAUGUGGAUUUAAGUAUUUAAAGAUGUAGGUAUUGCAUCUUUUUUUUAUGGGGUUUUACUAGUCAUUAUUAUUAUCUGCUUGUGUUAUGAAUUAGUAAUAAAAUCCUGAAGAAGUUAUUUCUUUUUUUA